UUAGCGUGGUGGGGGAAAGGCCGAAGAUGCGCGAACACGGAUACGUGUGAACUGUAAGCACAAGGCUUCCGUUCUUGUUGUAGCAAGAAAAUGGCGGAUGGCGUAGAUAUUGAUUUAUAUGCCGAUGAUAUUGAGCAAGAUUUUGGUCAGGCGGUGAUCAAGGAAGAGUUUGCGGGUGAUGGCAUCGACCUGUAUGACGACGUGAUUGCGGCGCCGCCCGGGGGCGGUGGUGGGGGGGACGACAACUCCCAGCCGGCGCACGCUCCGGGCGGGACUCUGCCCAGCCAGGAUGGCCACUCUCCGAGCAGUAACAAUCCCCCGUACCACCAGAUGGGCAACAACAUCCAGCCCAACCAGGUUGGCCGGCGACACCAGCUCUACGUCGGCAACCUCACCUGGUGGACCACAGACCAGGACAUCACGGAGGCAGUGAUCGCAAUAGGGGUGAAUGACUUCAUGGAGGUGAAGUUCUUUGAGAACCGAGCCAACGGCCAGUCGAAGGGCUUCUGCGUGGUGACGCUGGGGUCGGAGUCGAGCAUGCGCAUGUGCAUGGACCGUCUUCCGAAGAAGGAGCUCCACGGGCAGAACCCUGUCGUCACAUUCCCCACCAAGCAGGCCCUCAACCAGUUCGAGGCGCAGUCGAAGACACGGCCUGCGCCGCCACCCAACCCGGGCCCCAGGAACCCUCACCCACACUCGCACCAGCAGCGCAUGAUGAUGGGCCCUCCUCAGGGCAUGCGACCCAGGAUGCCGCCCCCCGGCAUGCCGCCCCCGGGACCCGGCCAGCGCAUGCCCGGCCCGCCCAUGCACCAAGGCCCCCCGGGCCACGGCCACCCGGGCUCCGGCCCCCCGCAACAGGGCCAUCCCCCGCCCGGCUUCCAGCACAACAACUGGAACGGCCCCAGGGCCAACGGUCCGCCCCGGCCAGGCCCCCCGCCCCAGGGUCCGCCGCACCCCCAGGGUCCGCAGACACGCCCUCCGCCGGGCAUGCAGUUCCAGGGACCACCGCCAGGCCAGGGGCCGCCGCGGGGGCCGCCCCCUGGCAGUCUGCCCCCUGACCCGAGAGGGCCCCCACCCAGACCCGAGUGGAGCCGCCCUCCUGGACCAACAGGCAUGAGUCACCACCACCCUGGAGCGCCUGGGUUCCCCCCACACAGCCAGCCCCCGCCCAUGCAGGGCCCUCCGCCAGGACAGCAGGGGCCUCCCCGCGGCCCCCCGCCACCAGGACCUGGCGGGCCCCCACCCCCAGGGCACACAGGCCCCCCCGUGCAGGGUCCCCCGGCCCCCCAUGUCAACCCUGCCUUCUUCCAGCAGUCGGGCCCGCCCCACCAGGGCCCUCCUCCCCCUCAUGCCCCCCCUCAUGGCUAUGGUCCUCCGCCUACUUCCCAGGUACGCGGCUGGCCAACCACAGCCCCCCCGCAGUACGGUGCUCCUCCACCGGAGCAUCGCGUGGAGGGACCGCCUCCCAUCAGCGAGGUGGAGUUCGAGGAGAUCAUGAGCCGCAACCGCACCGUAUCCAGUUCUGCCAUCGCCCGAGCAGUGUCAGACGCAGCGGCUGGCGAGUACGCGAGUGCGAUAGAGACCCUGGUGACCGCCAUCUCCCUCAUCAAGCAGUCUAAAGUGGCCAACGAUGACCGCUGCAAGAUCCUCAUCAGUUCUCUUCAGGACACCCUGCACGGUGUGGAAACAAAGAGCUACGGCUCGUCACGGAGAGAGAGGUCUCGGUCGCGGGACCGCUCCGAGAGGUCGCACCGCCGUCGCAGAGAGCGGUCUCGCAGCAGAGACCGCGAGUACAGAGAGCGCAGCCGUGACCGAGAUCGCGAGCGCGAGAGGGAGCGAGAGCGUGAACGUGAUCGCUACUACGCUGACGCCUACCCUCGUGAGAGGUCUCGCAGCCGCGACAGAGAGAGAGAGAGAGAGUAUCGUGAGCGUAGCAGAGAAGACAGUCGACGUGCUACUGAAGUCGCCACUGUUGACAGUUCCAGUGUGUACUCAAGCUCCGCACGUCAAGCCGUGCGCCCUCGCGUAAAGUCUCCAGAACCACCGGAACCAGCGGCUGUCAUUACCUCGAAGUCCAGUCAGGAGGCGCAGCGCGUACCCUACUCCAACCACGAUCAUCGCUCAGUAGCAGACACUCAAACAAGUCCGCACGCAAGGUACUAUGAUGAUAGAUACCGAGAACGUGAGCGGGAGAGAGAACGAGAGAGGGAAGCCACUCGCCGUGACCCAGAACGAGAGCGCGAGAGGGAGCGAGAGAGAGAGCGCAGAGAGGAGCGAGAAUCAUCUCACCGUAGCUCUCGACACUAACGCCCUCCUGUUGUUGGCCACACCUGUGGCCUUCAACUCUGUCAGCUCUUAAUUACUUUAAGUUAUACAUUUAUAUGUGGUCAGUUGUUUCUUGUUUGAGAAAUGCUGUGUUUAUUUUAGCUGGACGCUGAGGGAAAACUGUCUGGCACUUUUUACUGUGAGCUUCAGCACUACAGGAGAAUUAUUUCACAAAAUGGGACGAAGAUUUAGCUUGUUUAUCGUCAUUCCCUUUCUUUUUUUUACUGUUUUAUCGAUGGUGUGUUAAAUAUGGCUAGGGGCCUAUCAGUCCAGCCUCUGCACCUGUACAUGUAGCUAGUGCGAUCACCCACGUGUGUCCUUUGCCUUCCUGUCUAGGUUAGGCUUGUUCAGUCUUCGACCCUGUGUUCAUGUGGCAUGUGUGAGCGAAGGAUUUCUCAGUUCAAGCAUAAUUAUAUAAGUGUAGUUAAUAGUAUUGCAAGGUUCGCGUAGAAGAUAAUGCUUCAUUAGGUGUUGCAAAUUAAAGUAGUAAAGAGAAGAUAAUUGAAGAUUGUCUUCAUAGAAGAAUGUUAUUCAGACUGGAUUCCAAGAAGUCUGUUAGCAUUAAGUUCUUAUUGCUAUAUUGAAUGAAGAUUGUAAUGUAGUAUGUAAGUGAUACAUAUUAUAAGGUAGUUUUAUUUGGUUUUGAUGUUUUUUCCCUCUCUAAUCAUUUAGUGUAUUUUCUCUGUGUCUUUUAGUAUGUAUCUUUAUUCACAGGUUGGAAUUCAGUAUGGUACCUCUAAAUUUGUUGUAACAUCUGCAAGCCACAAACAAUAAAAAUGUUUCUUGUAUGCAAUUGUGAGCCUAUAUCUUUGUAAACCCUCAACUCUUCUUUAAGUGCGAAGAAUAUAAUACAGUUUAUAUUAUUCAGUAUUGGGUGAUAUCAUGAACGUAUUAAGUUGUUACGUUGUUAGUUGGCAGUUACCUUCUUUCAGCAGUAUACAAAUGUUUUUAAAAUUAUAAAUGUAAUGUAAUCAAUAAUUUAGGAUAUAAAUUCUUGGGUACGAGUUAACAUUUAAAAUAAAGGACUAGUGUCCACUAAAUUAAUUUUAUUUAUAGGCAGACAAAAGUAGUAAUGUAAUGUAUUACAUUCUAAAAUUCAAAUAUUUCUAUCUAGCAAAUUGUAAAUGGAAUAAAAUAAGAUUGUUA